AUGGAUCGCUACGUCCUGAUCCUGAGCUGGGGGGAGCGCAGGAGCGAAGGUGCUGCGGCGGGCGGCUCGGGAGCAGCAGGGACUGCUGCAAACGUUUAUCAGCUCCUGAAAGAAAGAUGUAACUCAUCUAUAAAUGCAGAUAGGAGCACAUUUCCAGCAUGUUCUGUGGCUGGUAUUCCAGGUGUAAAGAAAUGGUAUUUUGCUAGUCAUGUUAUAUGUGGUUUUAAUCAGUUCUGCAGUUCUGACUGGGAAGAAAUAAACUUUGACCCAGGGAAAAAUGAAGACUGUCUCCACACAAGUAUUGAUGAAUGCCUGGGAGCCAUACAGAACUUUGAGGAAGAAGACACUAACAGUAGAGAGUCGCUGUCUAUGGCUGAUGUCUAUGAUGAAGCUGCAGAAAGUCUGCAUCAGUUAGCUGAUAAACUUCCUGCCCCAGGCAGAGCAAUUGUUGAUGUAAUACUACAGGGUGUUGAACAGGAUGGACCGAAGUUAAAAGACUGCUUACCUGCUGUUGGUGCCCUGAAACACCUGAGGGAAUGGCACUCUGCACAAAUCACCAUUGCAGUGAAUGACUCUAAAGGUAGCUGGCAAAAGAUUGUAGACUAUCUAUCAGCAGACUUUGUAUCUUCAGAUAGUGUAAUGAAUGCUAUUGAUGUAAAAGAGCUCUGGAGAGGAAAGGUUCAGAUAUGGGAAAGAAAGUUUGGAUCAGAAGUUACAUUUCCAGAAUUUUGUAUAAAGAGCACUUCAGCAAAAGCAUUCAGCACUGCACAUUUAAGUUCUUGUUUUGCUGUUAAAAAAGAACAAGACUUGAAGAAUACUAAUGAUUUGCCAGAGGUUUUUCAUUACUAUGGUCCUGCUUUAGAAUUUUUACAGAUGGUGGUGCUCUCUGAUCUACCUUCCUUUUUUAUAUCAGAUCUGGAAUUUGAGCUAUAUCCUUUUUUAAAUUUGUCAAGAAAGAGUCUGAAGGGGACAUCUACGUUACUUCUAGACCAGAUUUCCUCUCUCUCUGGGAAGGUGGGAGCUUUGUUUACAUUGCCAUGUAAUGUAAGCAGUGUAGUGAUUCCAUCCUCUGCCCAACUGAGUGCCAAGAAAUGGAAAGAAUACAUGGCUAGGAAACCCAAGGUCAUUACUGUUCCAGAAGUUGAACUGAAAGGAGAAUCUUGCCGAUACUACUUCUUGUUACAAGGCAAUGGCUUUGGAGGAUGUAAAGCAACCUUGAUUCAUUCAGCUAGCCAGAUUAAUGGUAUGGCCACUCUUGCUGUAGUAAAUGGGAAGCUAAAGGCAAAAGAAGAAACAGAGUCAAGCUUUCACAUUGCUGAUUUUAUCAAGUCUCUGCCACAUUUUUGUGGAGAGGAGCUAGUACAGAGAGAAAAGGAACUGUGUCGUCUUCAGGUGUUUGCCUUGAAGGAGUAUCUCAAGAAAAAGGAACUGAUCAAGAGGCCUCCCGUUAUUUCUACUGAUGAGCUCAAAAACUUGUUUGAACUUACACGAGAAUAUUUUUUGGACCUGUGCAGCAGCAGUCUUCCUAGACCUGUUCUGCCAAAGGUUUCCAAUGACAGUAGGCCACGCACUGUGACUUCUGAAUCUGAUUUAAUGGAGACAAAUCCAUUGGAAUGGCCAGAAAGACAUGUUCUUCAGAAUUUGGAAAACUUUGAAAAAAACAAGCAAAAAAUGAGAGUUUCUAUGUUUGCACAUUCAUCUGAACAAUUGCUGGGGCAUAAAGACAGCCAACGAGAAUCAUUGACAUUGCUUGAUGCUAAAGAAUUACUGAAAUAUUUCACACCAGAAGGGCUACCGGUUGGUGAUCUUCAGCCACUACAAAUUCCCAAACGUGAAAAUGGAUUCCUUUUGACACCAGAGCUUACUCCUCGGAAACUCAGGGGUUUACCUUUUGAAAAAGCAGCUGGAUGCCAUUAUCAUGGCCUUGAAUACUGUCUGGAUAACAGAAGAGCCUUAGAGAGAGAUGUGGGAUAUGCUGAACUUCAAACUCGUCUUAUUCGCUAUGAAACUCAGACGACUUGCACCAAGGAGUGCUGCCCUGUGCCAGUUGUCUUGAGCCCUCUGCCAUCUCCUGCAGUCUUGUCAGAGCCUGGAAGUGUCCCUGAUGGAGAAUCUUUACAAAGUGAAUUCAAAACUGAGGCAUCAAGGCUAAAACGCAGAUCAAAAGACCUGGAUUACCUUUAUCCCAAGAAAAGGCUAACCAAAUCUGAGAGUACAGACUCUCUCCUUUCUCAGGCAAGUGGAAGUAGUGGGAGUCUCUGUACAGUUGCUGUAACAAGGAAUCGUUCUGCAAGAUCAGUGUCUUCAGCUUCCAUGCCAUUGAAACAGCCUGGCCCACCCCACAAAGUAACCACUCAGGUUGGCUCAGAAAAUCCUAUAAGUGCAACUGAAUCUGAGACUUCCAAGCCAGCUAAAGAAUCAAGAUCUCAGAAGCAUACCAGGAUGCUGAAAGAGGUGGUUGCUAAGAGUCUUCAAAAACAUGGGAUUGCAGAGGAUCACAGGUGCUUUGCAUCGUGCAGCCAGCGUCUAUUUGAGAUAUCAAAGUUUUAUUUAAAGGAUCUUAAAACUUCUAGAGGACUGCUUGAUGAAAUGAAGAAAACAGCAAAUAACAAUGCUAAACAGGUGAUUGAAUGGGUUUUGGAGAAGAGUGUCAAAUAGAGGUACUGACUGGCUGCUAUUCACACCUUCCUAGAAAAUGCAGAGAGAGCACUUCCAAUUGCAACAAACACAUAAACUGCCUGACAUGUCAGUGUCUACCCACUGGAAGGACUUUGGUGAGUCUAAUUUUAUAGACUCAA